AUGUCUGCCCCAAGCGAAUUAACUCAAGUUAUCCUUCAGAACCAAGCUGAACGUGACGUCAUUACCGAAUUGGGUACUGAUCAAUCCACAUUCAAGAUUGUUAAGAAGGAAUUUGAUGAGUCCACCUUGAAGGACGGUGACGUGCUUGUUAAGCUUUUGAUUUUGUCCAAUGACCCUACUCAGAGAGCUUGGAUCCAAAAGGGUGUUGAUCCAAAGAGAAUGUACGUCCCACCAGUCAAGGUUGGUGAAGCUAUGGGUUCUUUAGGUAUUGCUCAGGUUGUGUCAUCCAAGUCCUCUAAAUGGAACGUUGGUGACAUUGUCUCUGGUAAGUUUGGUUGGGGUGAUUAUUAUGUUGCUAAUGAAAACUUCAUUUUCAACAAGGUUGACCCUAAUGCUGGUUUACCAUUACCUUUAUAUUUGGGUCCAGUAGGUAUGACUGGGUUGACUGCCUACUUUGGUUUGACUGAGAUCCUCGACUUCAAGGAAGGUCAAACUCUUAUUGUUUCUGCUGCUUCCGGUGCCACUGGUUCUAUGGUUGUCCAAUUGGCCAAGAACGUGUUCAAGGCUAAGAAGGUGAUUGCCAUUUGUGGUUCUGAUGACAAAUGUAAGUGGGUUAAGAGUUUGGGUGCUGACAUUGGUCUUAACUACAAGUCCCCUAACUUCAAACAAGAGUUAAUUGAUGCUGUUGGAGAUGAAUUUGUUGAUGCUUACUUUGAUGCCGUUGGAGGUAGCAUUUUAUCUCAAUGUAUGUCAUUGAUCAAGCCAUUCGGUAAGGUAGCUGCCUGCGGUGCCAUUUCUGGUUACAAUGAUCAAUCCAAAUAUGCUGUGACCACAUGGUACGAAAUUAUCACCAACAGGUUGACCGUUAGAGGUUUCAUUGUUGGUGACUUUAAGGAAAAGUUUGCUCAAGCUAUUGGUGCCAUUGUUGGUGCUAUCAAACAAGGUCAAGUUUCUGUUACCCAAGGUAUUGAAUUGAAAGAUCUCUCUGGUGACUCCAAUAAGUUGGAAAAGGUUCCCGCUAUUUGGAACACUUUAUUCACUGGUAAGGGUGAGGGUAAGUUAUUGACCAAGCUUGCUUAA